AUGUGGGUUUGGGCGGCGAUUGCAGUAUCGUCGCCAUCUCUUGCGUCCAAGGCACCGUGGGAUCUUGGUAACGGCUUCAACCUUGUCGUGGAUGAAAGGACCAACCAUCUCUCUAUCGCCCGCCGUGGACACACGAUCUGGGAGACAAUACCUGGAAAGCUCUUUCUAAGCGCAAGCGCUGGGAAGGAUCAAGUCGUCGCUUCUAGUGGCAAUUUCAAUAUCACGGAGAUCGAUAGGAGCAAAUGCACCGGACAACGAAUUAGCCGAGUUACCCAACGUGCCCACGACAAUGUGGCCGUCGUGCGAGGCAUCCUGACGGGUUGCGGGAAUGGAAACACGCGCUUCUCGCUUUCGCUGGGGGUUCCUGCUGAGCUGCCAGAUCGCGUCGCCUUCCACAUCGAUCUAAACCCUGGUUCUUCGGGCUCAGACGCCGCUACCAAGUUGUUUUUCACCUAUUCCUCGUCACCAACUGAGGACUUCUACGGACUUGGUAGUCAGGCAUCCUUUGCUUCCUUCAAGAAUCAAACUGUGCCUAUCUUCUCGCGUGAACAAGGUGUCGGUCGGGGCGAUCAGCCAACUAACCGCCUGGAGAACGAGGACAGCUACUUUGCCGGCGGCGACCACUUUACCACGUAUUCGGCGACUCCUCAGUACAUAAGUUCGGAGUCCCGGGUGUUCCAUCUCUCCCGAGAUGGCACGGGCUAUGCAAACUUCGAUUUUCGCAACCCUCGGGCGGUGACAGUGAGAUACGACGCUUUGAAGGUCGAUGGUUAUUUCAUGCAGGGAAGUAGCAUGUUAGAUGGAAUUUCCAUGCUCACGAAGUACAUCGGAAAAAUGCCAGCGCUCCCACAAUGGGUCGAUACCGGCGCUGUUCUCGGAAUUCAAGGAGGCCAAGAAAAAGUCAACCGAAUCGUCGCGAGUGGACUCCAGCAAGACUGUCCCAUUGCAGCUGUAUGGCUGCAGGACUGGUCUGGCACGCAUUCCCAGAGCGCCUCGUACAUGACUCUCAACAUCUCACGGCUAUGGUGGAACUGGGAGUCUGAUUCCAAAUUGUAUCCCACAUGGAAACAAUUUGUUCAGGAUCUGCGGGACAACCACAAUGUUCGAACCUUGUCAUACAUCAACCCGUUCUUGGCAAAUGUGAGCAGUAAGCCUGAUGGUUAUCGCCGAGACCUGUUCCUGGAGGCCACUCAAGGAGGUUAUAUGAUCCAAAACUCCACCAUAAACAGUACUUCCAUCGUGUCCAGCGGUCCCGGGAUUGAUGCCGGAAUUCUUGAUCUGACCAACCCCGCCACACGUUCCUGGUUCCGCAACGUUCUUGUCGAACAAGUCUUCAGUGCCAACGUGUCUGGGUACAUGGGUGACUUCGGGGAAUACACGCCUAUCUACGCAGACACUCGCUUCGCCAAUAAAAGCUUGGAUCCAUUCUUCUAUCACAACGAGUACCCUCGAGAGUGGGCCAAAUUGCACCACUCGCUCGGCGAGGUAGUCCCCUCUUUCUCGGACGCAAUCAUUUUCCACCGCUCCUCCGCGCUUGCCGCCAAUCGGUACAUGAAUUUGUACUGGGCCGGUGACCAGAAUACCAACUGGGGUGUCAAUGAUGGAAUUAAGUCGGCCGUAACGGUCAUGGGCCACAUGGGCUUGUCCGGCUAUGCACAUGGCCACGUGGAGAUUGGCGGAUACACAACUACAUGGGACAGUAAUGGCGUCGUCAACCGCACGGCCGAGCUCCUUGGUCGUUGGGGAGAGCUAUCCGCAGUAUCUAGCGCUGUCUUCCGGUCACACGAAGGAAAUGUUCCCCAGAUCAACGCGCAAUUCUACACCAACGCGUCAACCUAUGCGUACUACGCCUACAAUGCCCGUAUGUUCCGCAGUCUGGCGCCCUAUCGGCGUAGAAUCCUUGAUACAGAAAGCAAGAACCUGGGCUGGCCAUUGGUGCGAAUGCCGGUCAUCUACCACCCUGAUGACGCGAAGGCAAAGGCGAUCAGCUACGAGAGCUUUUUCCUGGGCUCUGACUUGUACAUUGCACCCGUGCUUGAUCCAGGCUGCAAGAGCGUUGAGGUCUAUUUCCCAGGCCAAAACCAGUCAUACACACAUGCUUGGUCGGGGCGGACAUACCAUGGUGGUCAAACAGCCCGUAUCUCUGCGCCAUAUGGUAAACCUGCUGUGUUCCUCGUCGGCCAGCCGAAGCACAACGAUCUCAAAAGCUUCCUUGAAUUUGUUCGCAAAGAGAAUGCGACAACAAUUCAUGUUUAA